UGCACUGGCGAGUUAUGAUCCUCAUCGACUGCCUCCCAUCCACCCCGAGUUGAGGAUCGCUGCUCUGAAAGAUACAGCGACCAUGAGCUCGGACGACCAGGAUCCACCUUGCAAGCUAUAUGCGCUGACCCAGUAUCAAUGCUCGCCCCGAGGAGGAAAGAUCACGUGUUGGCCGUUGGAGCGGAUAUUCAGGCAAUGCGGAGAGCGGGCUCCGAUGAUCGAAGUGACGAGCCACGUCGAGCCUUCAGCGGAAGAUCCGUCUAAACCGGUCCUUACCGAUCAGAUCAAGGAAAAUCCUCCUCGGGGAAAACUCUGGAGCAACUUGAGUCCAGAAUCACGACAUCCCGAGAUCAAGAAUUGGGGAUGAUCAGCAUAGCGACUGCUGAGAUCAAG